CGGUGGCGGCGGCGGCGGCGGCGGCAACAACGGCGGCGGCGGCGGCGCCCACAGCGGCGUGCGGAGGCGGCGAGCCGGCAGCCGACCCGGGACAGGACACGGCCCACAGAGAGCUCUCUGCAGCUGAACCGGUGAAGCUGCAGCCUCCGGUCAUCAAAGUGGAGCGGGACGAGGAGCCGUGGACCGAUGCCGAGCAUGACGGUUUUUGUCUUGCUGUUGAUGGACAGCCCGGGGAAUCCAGAGCCAAGACAGAAGCCCCGCCCCUGGCGACCAAACAGGAAGUGUCAGAGCAGGACAGCAGCACUUCCUGCUCCUGGGCGGCCGGUGAGGUCAGCAGCCCGCCCACGUCGUCAAACCUGACCGCCUGCAAGAGAUCAGAGAGCAGCACGGGGCUGCCCGAGCCGGUCAGCUACGACUGCAUGGUGUAUAACCCGCAGAUCCAACAUGGCUCCUGCAGUACCCAGAAUCCUUUGAGUGAGGAUCCCGGAUGCUCUUACACUCUGAGCACCAGCGUUAGCGUUUCGGCUCCCUCCGACACAGGCAGCAGCUUCCCUUUUGUUAUCAGUGAGGUGACACACCAGCCGCCUGCAGGUUUCCCAGACAGCAGGCAGAGGGCGCCGCCGCAGUCAGACGAACCUCCGACGACCAGGAAAGAGAUCACGGCCGCACCCAACGCUUUCAUCCUGAGGGAGGGCUGGCGGUCGCAGGACGCGGCGCCCGCCUCCAGAGACGAGUCGGGCGGGAAGUCGUUCGUGUGCAGCUGCUGCGGGAAGACUCUGGCCUGCCUGAAGAACCUGAAGACGCACAUGCGGGUCCACACGGGCGAGAAGCCGUUCGGCUGCGCGCUGUGCGGCAAGCGCUUCUCCGACUCCAGCAACCUGAAGCGGCACCAGAGCGUGCACACGGGCGAGAAGCGCUACAGCUGCGUGCACUGCGGCAAGCGCUUCGCCCAGUCCGGCUCGCUCAAGGUGCACAUGACGGUGCACACGGGCUGCAAGCAGUUCAGGUGCCUGUACUGCGGAAAGACGUUCAUCUCCGCCAACCACCUGCGGCGCCACAUGAGCGUGCACGACGCGGAGAAACACUUAACGCCCACGCUGCACUGACGUUUGAUUUCUUAAGGUACUUUUGUGCAGAACACCCUCACCUAAUCCCAGUCAAACACCCGCUGGGUCACUCAUGUAAAAAACACAUGCACUUACGCUAAUGCAUGUGUGUGUGUGACUGUGUGUGUGAUUGAUCGGCCACUCAGAGAGGCUUCGAUCCACCUGUGUAGCAUCUGCUGCUACAAAACAUUUUCAUCAAGAGAGAGAAGACGAGUGUUUGUACAAGUUGUUUCUUGUGUUUUGAUCGCCUUUCAUGAUGCUGAGAGUUCCCUGUCAAGACCAGCAGUGGAUGCAGCUGCUCUCCAAACUUUAUUUUUAGAGACAUUUAUUCUUGAAAACCUAACCGGGAAGCUUUGAAUGAUGAAAUCAAUGGCUGUGGUUACACUUGUCUUUUCAGUGCAGAUUCUGUGAUCAGAUGCACCAGCUCAGAUCUCAGCUGUAUCCAGAUACUUGUGUCGACACUGGACCCUUCAGUGCCACCUGCCUGAUCGGAUAGUGAUCGGAUAUAAAUUCAGCACAGAUAUGCUCCUGUGCUAAGUCCAUCUAAAAUGGCACCUGGUGCAAGAGAGAGCCUUCUCCUUUAUAUUUUGUUUACUCAGUAAUGGUGCCAGAGCUCGAAUGAGAUGUGCUUUGUUGAGGAGUGAGCGGUGGAGACGUUUGAUUACUGCAGCUACUGUUUUCCUCAGAGCCGGAACAACUCCCAUUCACAGGGGACUCCAGGUUUCAGAUAGAAGCCACUGAAGGAAUCUCCGAUACUACGAUACUUAAGAAUGUUCAGAUAUGAAAGUAAACUUUUGAGUAAGUUUGAUUGCAGCAUCACAACUACCUACGUCAACACACUCAGCUUCAGCCUCUUGAGUCUGUGUAAAAGAGUGACUGUGGCACUCUGGUGGUCUGCCACAGGCUUGUCCUCCCAUGGAGUCGCCCACCUGUUUGGUUUGAGUAUAAAAGCUCAGUUGGACUGAUUGUUCACGAGGAAGCUGAUGCCCUGCACUCUUUGCGUAAGCGAUAGAUUUGCUUUCCAAAAGGAGCACAGCUCCAUGAGACUGAGAGGGGAUUUGAGGAGGGAGGGUUUCCUCAUUGUGCCGGAGCUGUUGAUGGUUCGUAUAUCCUGAUAAUUAGGCCCUCAAAGGAUGCAGCUGAACUCCACAACAGAAACGGCUCGUACUCAUGGGUCCUGCUAGCAGUCUGUCCCGGUGAAGACCUGUAGCCAACCAUAUCAGCAUAUCACCAAGACAUUUGAAUUUGUUCUCUGUAUAUUCUUUCAUUACAGCCCUCUUUGGCCAUCUGAUUUCGUUGUCUGGUUGAUGCACUGGCCUGUUUCUAAUAUUGAUAUGAGUGUAAUUACUUUUAGCACAGUGCUGUUGGACCACAGUGCCGUUAGGCAGCAGGUCUCCGCUGUGCUCCAGCUCUGGUUUUCCUCCAUCUUUUCAGAUCAUUUGAUCAUUUGCUAGGCUGAUUUCUUACUUUCACACUAGGUGCUCUGUAGAGGAACCGCCAUGUAGCAGGAGGAUGAUGCAAGACCUACAUUUGAUCAAUUUCCAGAUUGUGCCCACAUGCUGUCCAUACUUCACUGAGAUCCCAACUCAAUGCGAGCCGGACCACCUCGACAUGUGGUCUGGUUGAUGUGAACAAGAACCGAUCUCGGUGCGUACACACCUUGACAGUUAAUGCGUCCUGGCAUGAGUCAUUCAUUCAUUCAUUUUUCCACUCCACUUAUCCUGGUGUGGGUCACAGGGGUGCUGGAGCCUGUCCCAGCGUUCACUGGGUGGAAGGCAGGGGAACACCCCGGACAGGUCACCAGUCCAUCACAGGGCAGUCCUGGCAUUGUCCGAUCACAGAAGUCACAUUGAAAAGACAAGUGUAACCAUGGCCAUUGUCUCAGUUUAGCUCCUGUCAGGGUGAACCGUUGUUCAUGAAUAGGCUUGGGGCAGUGUGGGAAUUUUUUAAACUGGUACGAUGCAACCAGAAGUAUCUUUCAAAACUGGUAACACUGGUGUGAUGACCAGAUUUAACCACAAGAUGGUAGACUGACAUAUAGGUCAGUGAUCAUUUGCUAGGCUGAUUUGUGGCUCUUCUUGGUUGUUUGGCUUAGUUCUCGAUUGUUCUUGAUUAUUUUGGGCCCCUGAUCUCUGUGCCAUGAUCGCUCAGUCUGGUGUGUUCUUCAUCUCCUGUCAGCUGAGGUCUAAACGUACUCGAGUCCACUUGUAGCACAGACUCUUCUUCUUCUGCUGUGACAUGACAGCUAGCGGAGCAUCUGCGUUUUGUCGGUCAAAACAUGAUUUCAUAUCGGUAUCCUGUAAAG